AUGACAGACUCACCUCAACUCGAGCAUCACAGCUCUCUAUAUCUCGAUGACGGAAAUGUCUGUCUUACUUCUGGUCUGCACGACAGUCCAAGCCCGCGGCCUGUCUUUCGCGUUCAUAAAUCUCUUCUUGCUCGCCAUUCGUCUGUCUUCAAAGACAUGUUCGCUUUACCGGCGACGGACGCUGGUGAUCAAGACCAGUACGAAGGUCUCCCCCUCGUGGUCAUGCAGGAUCAUACGAACGGUAUUGAGGCCCUUCUGCUUGCUCUGUACGAUCGAUACAUACUUCCACAUCCUCCCUUAGAUGCACGCAUACCUGAAGAUGUGGAAGCGGUGUUAUCCAUGUCCACCAAGUAUCAAGUCGAACACAUUCGUGCUGUUGUCGUGGAACAUCUCGAGACAGACUGGCCAGGGUCUCUGGAAGAAUGGGACAUGAUAUGGGGCGCCACUUCCCCGCGCAGAGUAUUUAUGCCCUUCCAAGCUCCAGAGCCAUGCUCUAUCAUCAAUUUGGCGCGUAAAUACGAUACUCCCCACAUUCUCCCAGCUGCAUUCUACGCUUUGUCGUGUAUCGACCUUCGCCAUGAAGAAUGGGACCCACGAGGACCUUCGAGGGAGAUAGAUGGUUGGAGAUGGGAUUCGGCAGCUCAAGCACGCUGGUCGUUACUCUCGUCCCCAGACAUGUUGACGUUGAUGAAAGUUAAGGACAGCAUGAGAUCUGACCUGCUGACUCCUUUCAAGAUCAAUCGCGGCCCUGAUGCUGCAUCAGUAUGCACUUGUGGACAAACAUGGUUGGAUCAACACUGUCAGGUAUCGAUCCUUGUGAAGCAGCGAGACCCUCUCAGGUAUCUCAAACUUCUGAUGAUGGCGGCAUCCUCGACAACUUCCAUAAUGUGCGCGCCUUGCAGGAUUGCGAUUCGUGAUACCUUCAUUGGGCGUCGCAAGGCCAUCUGGCAGUCUUUGCGCGAAGACUUUGAUUUACUCGAGUAGAUCAUGCACUUCAAGUUAUGUAUUUAGGCAUGGUGUACCUUGACCCUCGCUUAC